CUCUCCUUUUCUUGUUUUCUACCACAUUGGUGUGCCUCUUCUUCUUCUUUUCCACACAUAUUAUGACAAGCCUGGGAAGGGAGCUCCAGAGGUCUUGGAAAAGCCUCCAGGAUGGGUAGACAGGAUGCUCUCAGCCAUGGAACAGGGGCUGUUCCCUAAGCUGCAAUUGCCCUAGGCCGGGCAGGGGCCGCAGAGACGUCUGGCGGCCCUCGGGCAGAGAAAAAGCACCCAGCAAGGGCCGGAACGGCUGAAGAGGGCUGUCCAUGCCGACCCUUUGCGAAGUGGGGAAGCAGUACCCAGAGCCACAGUACCCGGACAGACCCCUUCCAAUGUCUCAGCAUGAGACUUCUCCGACAGCACUGCGGAGGGCCAGCAACCACCGACGGGCCAACCCCUGUUGCUUUUGUUGGUGUUGCUGUUGCAGCUGCUCAUGGAAUGAGGAUCGGGAGCGAGUCUGGAGAGCAUCACGCGACACCAAACUGGAGACCUUUCCAAACUGUGAAUCCUGCACCAAACCCACGAACGAGGAAGUCAAGGGCUGGUCCCAGUCGUUUGACAAGUUGAUGAAAAACCCAGCUGGCCGGAACGUGUUCCGGGAAUUCUUACGGACUGAAUACAGCGAGGAAAACAUGCUAUUUUGGUUAGCUUGCGAAGAACUCAAAAGCGAAUGCAACAAACACGCCAUCGACGAGAAAGCGCGGAUGAUCUAUGAAGAUUACAUCUCCAUCCUUUCUCCCAAGGAGGUCAGUCUGGACUCCCGUGUUCGUGAAGGCAUCAACCGCAAGAUGCAGGAGCCAUCCUCACAUACCUUCGACGACGCACAGCUACAGAUUUACACACUUAUGCACAGAGACUCCUACCCCCGUUUUCUGAACUCUGCCAUAUACAAAGCGCUGCUCCAGAGUGUCUCUCGGUCGUCUUUGGAAUCUUAAGCCCUUCCACUACCAUCAGUGGAGAUACCAAAUAGGAGGUGAAGGAUCUCCUUUCCUAGAGCAGGCGUUAUUUUUCUUCUUCUUUAAAAAAGAGAUCUCCCAAAUGAGCUUACAGAACAAAUAGACUGAAGGCAUGACCCAGCAGAGCUCUGACUACAGACCACAGUCCGGUUGCCGGAAAGUUCACUCCAGAUAAUCCUGCCUGGUUUUCUUCAUUCAGAAAAGGGCCCAUGCCAGCCACUGUCACAGAACUUCAAACUCAGGCUUAGCUGGCAACCAGCAUCUGGCUGACCACACGAAAGAUCGAGAAUAGAGAUUGGGGCAACCAACCAGCAAAGGUUGGGAUGAAGACAUCUGGGGCAACAUGGCAGAAGAAAACAGGCCAGAGUCCGCAUUUCCUGAAUGUCAAUCUCUCUUUGAUUUGUUUUUUAUUCCCCCCAUGUUUAUUAAGAAUUAUUUCCAUGGUGUUCUUGUAGACACAAAGAUCUCAGAUGGUUGAAGUAGAAACUGCAGUUAGGUCAAUUUAAGGGGAUUAUGAAAAGUUCAGAUUUUACAAAAGUACAUGCAAGUUUUCUGCAUCUCAAACACUUUCUGUUCACAGGCGACCUGUAUUCUAGGCAGGGUUCUCUCACCUCAGCUUUGAGAAUAAGCAGGUGAGCUCUGCAAGGGACAGAUAGGAUAGCUGAUAAAUGGCUCUGCCGUAGAAGCUCUGUGGGAAAACCAGCUGAUAGGCCCUAAAGAUCUCCCCAACAUUGCAGGCCGCAUUUUCCUUGCAUCUCUGAUGCACGUGGACUACAAAGACUCAAGAGGUCUUCAGUGACAGAGGAUUCUUGAACCUGUCACACUCUGGAUUUCAGAUUGAGUUCCAGCUUCUUCCUUUUUUAAAAGCCAAAGGAGUGUUUUGCAGAUGGAAUUGUGGGUCUACCAGGCUUCCUCUGGGAACAAGGAUUAAUACCCUGCCACUAGGCAUGACAGAGUAGCCCCCAUCUGGAGCAGCUGCUGUAUUGUGCCUAAGGCUCAUAGCUCUCUGGAGUGGUUUGCUGCUUUGGCUGCCCUCAGUGCCUUCUGUGGUAGCAAUGGCAUCUAUCUUGGCAAGCAGCCACAGUGGCCCUUUUACAACAAAUUUUUCUGAAGAAACUUUCAGAGUGACAUCUUUAAGAAAGGUACCCACCGAUGACUAGAGGAUGGGUUACAGCAAUGUUGUUACUAGAGAACAGGAGCAUGAGAAAGAGCACCCAAGAGAAAUGACAAGUCUUCCAUCUCAAGUGGGUUGUUCUCCUGAUUUGGGCAGGCUGAUCUUUGGACUGCCCUUCUCAGGAGCAGAAUGGGAUGGAACAGAUGCCCUCCUACUGCAGCACAACAGCUAUUCCCUCAGGCUUGCAACAGUAAUAGGAUGGCCUUGCGUAAGUUCCCUAGUUGCCACUGGGCAGUAGUAGAGUCCAUAGCCUUCUUGGCUUAGGAAUCUUACCAAGAUGAGGUGGUCUUCAUUCAUUUGAUGUUAUUUCAUAAUCUGCUGAUGGGAUUCCUGGAAGCAUCUCUCUGGUCACUCUGGGAAACAAGAUCCCAGCCUAGGUGGACCUUUGGUCUGAUUGAGCAACCCUUUCCUUAAAUGAUCUGCCAAAGUGAAACAGAGUGAUCCAGAUAUGCCCAUCUCAGAAACAGAGCCACUUUUUAUCUUACCAACUCACUGGAGAAGGGUAGAUCCUCUCCAUUGGGGUCCAUUCUCACCCAAAAUGAUGAAAUGUGUUGUGACAUCAUAAUGCAAGUACAUAAGGGGGUAGAGAUGGUGCCACGAUGCAUGUUUCAUCCCUUCUCCUCUGGUGGAAACCUAUGAUCCUGUGGCAGCAUUCAGCACUUGGUAGCUUCCAUAGGUCUUGGAUAGCGGUUCCAGAUGACCGCAAGUUCUACAGUUCCAACUGCCAGUGCCAGCAUAUUGGGAGGGUGAGGGCUUGCAGAAUAUAACCCUAUGGAUCCAGGAAAAGAUGGCCUGAGAAUGCGCUGCUGAAUCCGAGGGGAAAACGUAGUAUCCAGGGCUCUGCCCUGUCUGUCUGUAUGGUCUCUCCCAAGCAUAUUUGUUCCAGCAAUAGAUGAAGCUUUUGUCUUGUAAAGUGAUGGGAGAUCUGCCCUGGAUGGAACAAACUCCACAUUAUUCUGCCUGUGUAGUUGCUCAAAAUAAGUUCUCCCCCAAGCCAUGUUAUUUCUCAGCCGCUGGGCCAACGCUGUAUGAAUUCCCUCACUCUGAAUAUGCAUUGGAUUUUUCUGUCUCAUCUUCUAUCAAGGAUGUGGCAUCAGGAUGGGGGGGGGGGCAUUCCACUCUCUUUUCAUAAUUAGAAAUGCUUCUCUAUUAUGGUAGUAGAUGCUAAGAACAGGACAAGUUUUAGGGUUUGUGUUCCUUUGCUCAGGAAAGAGGGACCCCAACCCAUCUCUGAUCCCCUAUUGCAUUUUCCUAGAGAGGUGUCUGUGAGUUGUAGAAAGUAGUUUUCCAGAAACUGGUCACCAAAACAGAUUUUAUUAGCCUGCCCAGUAAAGACCUUUCUUUGGCUCAUUCAUGUCACUGCAGAAACACGUGCAUUUUGUGGUCAGUAAGAUACAAAUUCUUUGUCUGAUGUCUUUUAAUUGCCUUUCCUAUGUUCCUAUAAUUUGGAAAACGGCCAUAAGGACGUGUUUCUUUUCCAGCCUUUUCUCAUCAUAGUCCAAUUCAGGUGCAUCCACAUGGCUGAGUUCAAAACCAUAUUCUUUGUGACUUGUGGGAACUCUCUUCCUCCAGAAGAAAUAAAGGGCCAAUUGAUUAA